AAAGCCAUCCAUAAAAUUAUAUACCAGAAAAAAUUCUUUUAAUGAUGACACGAUAAAGAAACAGUUCUUCGUAAUCCAAAGAAACAAUGUUAAAAACGCUAAUGCGGGAAAAGAACUGUUAUCAUCGUUAAUAAUAAUAAAGAAAACUAUCAAGAGAAUAAUUUAGGAAGGAGUGGAUCGAAUCAAAGAACGAAAAAGAAGAGAAAGAAGAAAAAGAAAAAGAAGAAGAAGAAUAGAAUAACGAAAAGAAAUGAUCUCUCAUCUCUCGAAGGGCGAGAAAGAAGAGAGAAAAUCAUCGGAGUGGAUUGUCUGCAGCAUCCGGGUGGGGUGGUUAGUUGGGUGGUACGUCGGUCGAUUUUCGUGCGCUUCGACGCAGAACGGAGAGGGCGUGCUGAUCGUUUGCCCCCUUAUAGUAGUGGAGAGUCGCCGAAAACACCACGAGCUCCGGGGGUGUUGAUUGGUCAGUGCGUAACUGGCAACUGUCGGUACAGUUGUGCAGCUUUCAGUGGGCUGCCAGCGGUCGCCCUGGGCACCACCUGCAUGGAUGGAGCCUACUCGUGUACCCAGGGCCCCUGGUCCACGUCUUGUUUUUCUCGUUGCGACGCUAGCCCUCACUUUCGCAGCGACCGGGUUAUUGUGUGGUGCCAUAAUGUCGGAUCACUGGGAAGAAGUUGGCUGGGAUAAAGAGGCUUUAACUCAUGCGAAUGUUACACUCACGUGGUAUUUGGAUGGACAAGUAGCAAUGGUAGAACCAACAUCCGGCCACAGAAACCAUCAUUCUACCUUUCUCGUACCUAUGUACGGUGGUAUUUGGAUCAUGUGUGUCUCGCUUACUGAAGAGGAAAUACGACUACUAGGUCAGGUAGAUUUUCCGCAAGAGAGGUGCAUUAACUACUUGACGCCCGACGAAGCACACGAGGAGAUUCGUGCCGCCUGGCAAAAUCGAAUGCAGAACUUGAGUAUCUCCUGUUCUCUAGUUUGCUUGAUCAUUUUGGGCACAGCGGUUCUCAUUGGAUUUUUUGGACUUUGCAGACACCAAAUAUCAGCGGUCCUUGUUACCGGUGUGAUGUAUCUUUUAGCAGCCACAUUCGCAUUGUUUACCCUGACGAUUAUUCACUUCAAGAGAGCUCAGGAUCGUGGAGCUCGAAUACUGGAUGGCCCUGAGGAUGGUGUAAUUGGUGGACCGGUUUCUCGUAAUGUUCUCAAGGCCAGACGAUUCACCAGCUCCUGGAGCAUGGAUUUUGGAUGGGGUGGUGUUACGCUUUGCGCCCUCGCCUCGGUAGCGUGGAUCUUGCUCAGCAAAAUAAUGCGUUUCAGCCCCAUAGCCGCUAUGAUAGCGUAGCAGUGGGAGGCCUUCGAGGUCUAAGGUCGUUUCCAACAAUUAUGAAAAAGCGUUUUGAUGUCGUCGCCUCUUCAAACAUGUUCCAAAU